AUGGCCUGCAGUUUGGCCCCAACGACUAACACCCGGUCGACCAUCACCUCCCGACCGAAACUCACCCUUCAAACAUCCUCCCUACCCUUGACCUUCGGUACUUCCUCCACGGGCCUGUCGCUCUCACUAGUGGCCGGCUCGACCGCAUCCCCCACCGUCCGGAAUACCUUCAAGAAUGCCUACGACGUGACUGCGCCCGUCUCCGCCACGGCCUCCCCCUCGUCCAAGUUCCCCAGUCACCGGUUCAGCAAGCCCUCGUCACCGUACACCACCCACAACCCGUACCAACUACCCAUGGGGGUGCGCAGCAUCCUGCGCAACUCCCCGCUCGAGCCCAGCUGCCGUCGCCGGUCCACCUCGGUGGCUACCAACGGCACGACCGGCGCUCCCGCCACGAGGCGGGUGUUUUUCCCGGCCAAGAAGCAAGUCAGCUACCGCUACCCGUUGGAGGAGGAAAUUCAAAAUGUCCAAUACACCGCGCGCCACUCGGAUCUCCACGACGUGGAGGAAGAGCGGCCGAAACAAAGCACAAGCACAAGCACACCCAGCGAGGAUUCCGAUUCCACGGCAAGCAACCUAUCGUCGUCAUCCGACACAAACACCUCUGACGACGAACCCCCACGCACAUCCCAGCACAACCUACUGUCACCCGUGGAACGGAAGAAGCGAAAACACCAAAAGGCCGAACGGCAGGUCCGCGCGGUCGCCUUGCGAGAGAAGCUGGGGGACAUGACGCCACAGACGCCGGUGCGCAAACGCGCCAAGCGGCGCUGCGAAUGGCGCUGGACGUUAGGCCCGUUGGAGAACCGGGACAGUCCACUGCCUCCUCCCAUUCCAGAGGAGCCGGCAGCAUGCGCAGCCGCGUUGUCCUCGGGAUCCGACUCCAGCCCUUCCGACCGGGGCUCCCAACCAUCGUCGACAGAGUCAUCCCCGUUGCUGAGUGCGACGCCCUCGCACGCCCAAUCCAGUCCCAGUUCGUCAGUCGCAUUUGAGCUGGAAGGCACCGACGAGUCCAUGAAGAUCACGACUCACGAACCGCAACGCCCUGAUACCGACCUCUCACGAUAA